AUGUCGCGCGCCUCUGGUCUCGCCUCCAAGAUGAGGGAGUUUCCCUUUGAGGACGUCACCAGCGCCGGCAUUCCCCUGUCCCAGCUCGUCCAAGGCACGUGCCCACUUUUUGUAGAGAACUUUGCGUCCAUCUUGAACGCUGUGGGAGACGCUGAGGUGGUGAUGAUCGGCGAAGCCACACACGGCACGGAGGAGUUCUAUCAUCUCAGAGCCGAGAUAACAAAGAAGCUGAUCGAGGAGAAGGGCUUCUCCUUUGUCGCAGUCGAGGGAGACUGGCCCGACGUGUACCGCAUCAACAGAUACGUCCAGCUCGCACAAGCGGAACACGAGGACGCGAACGUGGUCGAGGCCCUGGGCGACUUUCAGCGCUUCCCCACCUGGAACCACAUCAUGGUGAACUUUGCCGAGUGGCUCAAGGACUACAACAGCCGGAUUGAAGACUACAAGAAACGUGUGGGCGUGUAUGGCCUUGAUCUCUACUCCAUGUACACGUCUGCGCAUGAGGUCAUCCACUACCUCGAUGACAUCGACCCGUCCGCGGCCAAGCUCGCCCGGCGCAGUUCGCUCAACCAUGAAACGCUCUCCAGGUACGGCACGCUGGACCAAUUCAAGGACGAGCCGCACGACUACGCCGCAGCGGUCAUGCUGGGCAUCAGCCCGUCGUGCGAGAACGCAGUCGUGCAAAUGCUGGUCGACAUUUGCCGCAAAGGUCCAGAAUACCUCUCCAGCAAGGGCAUGGUCGACGGCGAGCAGCUCUUCUACGCGCAGGAGAACGCCGUGGUGGUCAAGGACGCCGAGGAGUACUACCGCAAGGCCUACGCCGGUGGCGCCGUCACCUGGAACCUGCGCGACCGGCACAUGCACAACACUCUCAAGGAGAUCCUGCAGCACUACAACGAAAAGCGGGGCUGGCCCAAGCCCAAGGCGGUGGUGUGGGCUCACAACUCGCACCUGGGCGAUGCCAGAGCCACUUCCGUUUCGCAGAUGGGCGAGUUCAACAUCGGACAACUGGUGAGACAAACGUUCGGUUUGAACAAGUGCUUCAACAUCGGCUUCUCCACCUACCAAGGCACCGUGAGGGCAGCCACCAAGUGGGGCAGACCGGGAGAAGUGAUGGAAAUCAACGAAGCGCGCCCCGAGUCCUACGAGCAUUUGUUCCACACUGCGGCUCUGAGGGCCACCCAGCAAGAAGAGACCAAAAAGAAGCCGCAGAAGGACAAGAGCAAGGCCGAGGGCGAAGGCGAGGAGGAGAUGGAGAUGGAAGAAGGCGAAGAAAAUGAAAUGGACUUUGCCGUCGUCCUCAGGAGCAAUUCCAGCGAACUGCUCAAGGAGAGCAGGCUCGAGAGGGCAAUCGGAGUGCAGUACGUGAAGGACCCGAGGAAGGAGAUCCACGCCCACUACUUUGACGCGAUCCUGCCCGAUCAGUUCGACGUUGUGAUACACAUCGACCGCACAAGCGCCCUCCGCCCCCUCGACUAG